UGCUCACUCAGCACGUAAAACUCAAUAAUAGAUAUAAGUUGAUACCCUCGACAACAACCUCUUAUUAGAGACUCUGAGCCUCUAAGCUUGGAAAUGUGGCUUCCAAACAAGUAAUAAUACACAUUGGGCAAGAAAUACAAAACUUGGUGAAUAUGCUUAUCAUCAGCUUCAAUGAGGGGUAAUGCAAUCGUCGUCGGUAGCCACGAAACGAUUUCUAGGCGAUUUCCACACCCUAAUCAGUCGACAUAUCUCAACACGGCCUCAAUCAAGCCUUUGUCUACUUCAUAUUUGAUAAAUACUGCCAUCUAAAUUUUGGGUUUAAUCAUUUGAACUUUUGUCGAAACUUAAUGCUUUGACCCUCAAUGGAUGUGACUCUGACGCCUCUUUCUUUCGCAUCCUCCACAAUGCGCAAUUCUCCACAAUAUCUAAUUUGAAAUAUAUAAGAAGCUGCAUCGUGAUUUAGUUCCGUGACAGCAAAUUCGGGAGAAGUGGCUGUCGUCUGACCCCCAAAUACUUGUUAUUGGAGCGCUCACGGCUUGUCUGUUCCCGCGGAAGUAGUGCAAUACCUGUGUUCGAGGCCACGCGCUUGAUCUUGAUCUGUACGAUGUAAUGUUACAUAUUACGAAAAAACCUGAAUAUCUCAUAAGUUGCUGUAGAUUUGGGAAACUUAUUCGUCAUUAGAGCAAGCGAGGCUAGAUUGAACCCGAUGACCUCACAGCCUUAGCUCAACCACUAAUAUCGACUCGAUCAUCGAGACCUCCAUGGAAACUACAUUAUCAUGAUUAUUCUUGAUUUUAAUCUUCGCCACGGGAAUACAUUGAGUGAUUACAAUCAUGACACGCUAGCAAUCACCCAGGAAACGUUCAAUCUCUCAUAUAAGAGCCCCAUCGACGCAGCGAUGAAUGCUACUUCACUUCUACAGCUGUAGAUGCCAAUACUUCAAGUGACUGGCAUACAGCCAUGAUUCACCAUAAAAAGUUGAUGGUCGUGCUAGCGAAGAGCUUGUCCGAUCCCAUAAGUAUGGAUAUCCGCUCCGUGAUCGUUCCAGUGCAAGCGUGAAUGAAAUCUUGCGCUAUGAUUCUGGAACUCAAAUCAACCUAUAAGUUCACAAACUGCGCCGUAUAUUCUCCCCACCCGUCCCCACUUCCCUCGACAACUUCCCCGCGUGCACACCACUGAAAAGCAUCGAGAAUGGAAUCACAGGACAAGAUUCUGCGAGCCGGCAUCAAAGAGCUGUUGGUCUCUGAAAAGUUCUCCGACGUAACAGUUCUGUGUGGAGCGGACAAGUACAAGCUCCACAAAGCCAUUAUGUGCACGCAAGUACCGUUCUUCGCAAGUGCAAUCCGCUUUAAGAAGGAAGGGAAAGAUGCGAUCAUCGAGCUUCACGGUGAAGAUCCUCUUGCAGUUGCAGCUGUAGUUGAUUUUGUAUAUAAAAGUGAUUACAAGCCGCUUAUGCUCGAGGACGGGGAAGAUCAUCGCUGGAAAUUUGACCAUGCUGCUUGCCAGCACCAUGAAGUCGUCUGCGACCCAGACACAUGUCUCUUCGAAUGCUCCACGUGCUCGAAACUUGUCUGGGGUAAGCCAGAGGAAAUGUCUCUGCAUAUCAACGUUUACCAGCUGGCCGAUAUGUACCAGAUAUCCAAUCUUAAGCAGCUGGCAUUUCGGAACUUCCAGAAUACAGCGUCUGAUUUCUGGGACACUAAAGAAUUUGUCGAGGCUGUGCACUCCGUGGGUAGGAGUGAUCAUGACGAAUUGAAAGAGGUUAUUAUAGCAACGGUAUUGGAGCAUCUGGAGUUGCUCGAGAAAGAAGACUUCGCAUUAGUACUAGAAGAGUACAGUGCCUUGUCUAUGCGUAUCCUAAAGCGUUGCGCAAAGGAGCUAACGCACAAACGGAAUGGUGCCACCUGGGAUAUGUGGUCUUGA